AUGUCGCCAGAAGUUGGGGGACAUCCAUUACAGCCUCCAGUGGUACAAGCUCAGCCUGGAAGACCCAGAAAGGCAAGGAGCAGAGAACCAGAUGAACCAAGGAAAGACACUUCUCAGAAACAGUGUACUAGCAGUGAAGCACCAAACAUAUCUCAGCAACAAAGAGCUUCUCAGGACCAGGCUACUGCAAGUCAAGCACCAACCACAUCUCAUCAACAAACAUCUGGAUCUCAGCCUAUUAGAUUCAAGUAA